AUGAAGAAAUAAGAAAACAGUUAGAAGAGCAAAUUUUAUUGUACCAAUUAUAAUAACCUAAAAAUUCCUUUUUGGAUUAACCUUAAGAAAGAAAUAUUAGAAAGAAUUGCACUCUAUUGA